AGCGUUUAUUAAAAAAUAUUGAAAUACUCGUAAAUGCUUGCGGCUCGAUAAAUAGCAUUCUCGACAGCUUCUGUUAAAUACUGUUAUCCACUAGGGACGUAAGGCAGCCAUAAAAACUGCUCUCAGCAAUUCAGAAACUGUCACUAUUGUUACUGGCUUGGUUACUUAUAACAAUGAAUUAUUACGAUGAAGAAAUCACCAUCAACGGUCACGACACGAAGAAUCUAAAUCACUUUAAUAUGGAUCGUAUGCCAAGCACCAGCAGUGGUCGCGAUAUAAGUACGGCAAGUUCACAGCGCUUAACCGCCGCAUCGACUAGCCGAGCUGCCACACUACGUCAGAGGAAUGUUCUGCAAAGUAGUUCCACCGACGAUGAUGGGCUAUUGCAGGACAUUAUUGAUCACGAUGAUGAGGAUGACGAUGAUGAUGACGACGAUGAAGAUGAAAGUGAAAUGCAACAGCCACAGCUAAACAAUGACGCAAGUCGUGGCACAGCCAAUCAACGCCCACAGACACGUCCGGGCAGCAUACGCAGUGCCGCCAAACCUAUGUCGGCAAAACCGCUGGCGCGCACUGGCGGACUCAUUGUGCCAUCGGAAAGUGAAUCAGAUGAAGCAUUAACACCACAACCUCAACUUGAUGCAGUAGAAGAGACAGGUGACAACGCGCAGUCCUCUGCGCCAGAAGUGCAGCUAUCUAUUAAACCGGAGCAAUGGGAAAAAUUACCAGUACAACAAGAACUGAAAGAUCUCUUUCCUUACAUACUCAAGUAUACGCCACAGUCAAUUGAUACACCCUACCGCCUACAACCUUUCAUACCGGAUUUUGUGCCAUCAGUAGGCGAUGUGGAUGCUUUUCUUAAAGUUACUAUACCUGCGCUGCUGAAACCACAGCGCCAGCAGGAAAUCAAUGAAUUUUUGGCCAAAAUGGGUCUUUAUCUACUCGACGAACCGUCUGGUGAUCAAUCGGAGCCAAGUCUUCUCAAUAUGAAAUUGCGUUCGGUGCUUACUGGUAGCGGCGUUAAAGCGCGUACUACAUCAGCUUCAUUGGUUCCAACUGCCAAAUCGGCAAAAGAAAUCGACAAGUGGAUUAAUGAGGUCGAAAAGUUACACAUGACACAAAUGGUGAACGAUGUACAACCGAGGAAGGAGAUUGAGCCUUUGUUGAUCAAUUGGCCACGAUCUUAUGCCGAUGCUAGUGAAGCGGUGCAACAAGCUUAUAAGCGUUGCCUUGAAGAUAAGGAUAUUGCGCGUUAUGUGCGUACGCUGUGUCAACAUUUUGAGGUGGAGGGACCCACUGAAACGCAGGUUGACUACAUACUGAAUGUGCAAACGUUGUUUGCACUGUAUUUGGCAGCCAAUCAGGCAUGGGAGUGAUAAGUGGGGAAGUGGAAAUUUUUCAAUUUCUUAACUAAAUACGCCUACAUACCAUACAUAUCUGUGGGCUUUAGACACAGCAACUUUUACAACUUAACUCUACUAUGCACUCUCUAUCCAAGAAGCAUUUAUUUGAUAGGUGAUUAUAAUCUUUACUAAUAUUUAUUAAUCAUUUGCGAUUGUAGCUUUAGCACGCUUUCUUUAGUGUAAAUAAAGAA